UAAAUAACAUAUAUUCUAACGUAACCAAAUUACUCUCCUGCGAUUAGUUAUCCAUCUCAAAGCCUUCGAUGAAUCAGUUUUUUUUUUUUCUGAAUUGUGAAUUAGAUUUAAUAGUUUAAUAUUUCCCAUCGGUUUACCAUGGCGUACAAAGGAUCAGCCGUUAUAUUGGUGCCUACAGAUUCCAAACAAUAUUGCGUUAAAGUUGAUGGCCAUGUUUCGUUUGUCAAUCGUUAUAUGAAAGUUACACCCUACGAUAUUGGAAGACGGAUUAUAGCUUCCCUCGGACCUCCUUGUAACAAGAAAUUUAGAAUUGAAAAUAUAGAUCUAGUAGGACCCCUCCUAGCAGUCUUAAUUUUAAUUGCAAUUCUACAUUACGGAUAUAGGAUUAAAGAGCCGUCGGCUACAGAUUUAACUAUGGCUCCUGUAACUUCAGUGCUGCUAUAUAUUGUUGUGAAUCCCUGUCUAGGUUUUGUGCUCUGUAAAUUGGCACGCGCAAGUAUGGUAUUCUGGGAUUUAGUUGGGUUGUUGGGCUAUGCCUUGUAUUCUCAUCUCAUAACGUUAAUUCUGAGCCUUAUGAUAUAUCAAGAAGAAAGUAACGCGUUCUUUUUCCUAUGUUUACUUUCAUUUGGAGGACUGAGUGCUCUUAGAGUAUGUAUCCUUCUUAUAACUAGUAUACCCAAACCUGCUGCUCGACUUUUAGUUUGUUCUACAUUAUUCAUAAAUCACUUGUUAUUCUUAAUUUUCUUACACUUUACCUAUAUGCAUCCGACGUUUAUAUACGGCAGAGGCAGCGACAAACGUGUACCCACAAAAAUACAUACAAAUUUGUAAGUGAAAUUUUUAGAGAAACCUACAAAAUAAUAAGCAUACUUGUGAAUUCUUCAAUAUCAUUUGGCAUCAAUUGGCUUACCAACUAAAUUAACUUUUUAUAUUGCGUUGAUAGUGUCUACAGCCAAUUGUGAGCAGACUUUGUAGUUUGUGGAAAAUGUUUCAAAUUUAAUUGUUUUUAGACUAGAUUACAACAUUUAUAAUCCGUUUGGAUUAUCCAAUGUAAUUUUACUCAUAUAAAAGUGAAUUUGCAUCAUAUUUGUAUAUUUUUCUCAAACUUUACUAAAGCCUCUUGCAGAAAUUAACCAGCUGUGAAAAAAAAUUCUUUUUUUAAAUCCAGCAAGGUUUAUUCUGCCACAAAAUAUAGGAAAUAUAAGUCACCAGUGAACUACGAUGUAAAAAGAGAAGUUAUUUCCAAUUUCAGAUUGUAUUAUACGGCAUUUAUUUGAUAUUACAACAAGAAAAACACCAGAAUUACGAGUAUUAAGAUCAGUCCAGUUUCACUGAGCAUGAAAAUCAACUUCUUUGAAAAUUAUCUUGUUAGUUCGAUAAAGUAUCGAAAUUAUAAGUUGCAUAAUACAGCACGUACGUUUACAGUAUUCUUAGAGUUUUAUCCGUUGUAACAAAUUGGGCAGAUGAAACCUAAUGUAGCACACGUGAUUAUUGUUAAUACUUUAUAUGAAUAUUGAAUACUUUCACAAAGAAUCAACAUUAGAAAUCCAACCCAUAGAUCAAUCUUAUCUUCUAAAAUUUCUACUAUCUAUAUAGUAAUAUUAAUAUUAACAUCAUAAUCAGUCAAAGAAAAUCAUCUGUCUAACAAGCAUUCUCGACCACCUAUUCAAUCAUUUGAAAAAUAGUACAAUGAAUUACAAAGUAUUAAACUCAUAGCCCUUACAUGUGUAAUAUACAUACAGAAACACAGUUUCAUCUUUAAAUUAUACAGUCAGGACAAGCGCAAAAGAAGUAACUUACAGUGAACAGAAAAAAGUAAUUGAAGCCUGCAUUGAUACCAAAAACAGCUGUUUUCACCCCAUAUCUAAUGAUGCUAUAGCAGUAAAGGAGAUGUGAAAUCAAUACAUAUUAUUCACGGAUAUACUUUCGACGUAAUUCAGCCAAUGUCUGGAAAUGUCAAAAAAUAUAUAUACAGAUUUUACUCUCACCUCAACUGUUUGCGUAACAUGUCUGGAAAACACAAACAUACUUUUCUGAAAUUCGGCAAUUAAAAAUUAUUCUUUAGGAGUAAUGGAACUAUGUAAGAAACUGCUCAGUACAACAAAACGAACUAAUAUAUCGAUUCAAUGAUCGAGUGGAACACUAUAGAUGGUUUACAGAGAUGGGGUGUCUUUUUCCUGGAUAGGUUCGGAGUAUGUUAUUCUUAGAUUUUAAACUGAGAAACACGCAGUUGUAAGACUGUGUUUUCGUUUGAUAAACAAUGCGGAUUGCAAUUUUAUAUCUGUUGGAAAAAUUUUGCAUACAGAUA